CCGCCCGCCUGAAUCUUGCUCUCCUUCCCAUCAUCCCUCGUCGCACCACGCCACGCCACCGCCAUCGCUCGCCCGCUCCUUUCGCCUCUUCCCUCCGCGGCUCUCCCCGCGCACCGCUGCCAGCGCCGAGUGUUUUCAUAGCCUAACGACCGCAGGGCGCCUCGUGUGGGCCAACCAGCAGCGAGGAUGGUGAAGCGAAGCAAGAAGAGCAAGAGCAAGCGCGUGACGCUGCGGCAAAAGUACAAGGUGAUCCGCAAGGUCAAGGAGCACGCCAAGAAGAAGCUCAAGGACGCCAAGAAGGCCAGGCGCGACGGCACCGCGCCGCGGCGGCGCGUGGAGAAGGACCCGGGCAUCCCUAACGACUGGCCGUUCCGCGAAGAGGAGCUGGCGGCGCUGGAGGCGCGGCGGCAGCGCGGGCUGGAGGAGCGCGAAGCGAAGAAGGCUGAGAAGAAGGAGCGGGCCAGGCGCCGCCGCGCGGGGCUGCCGGAGGAGGGGCCGCUGCCAGGCGCGGAAGGCGCGGAGGAUGACGGGGACGCGGAGAUGAAGGGGGAGGGGGAGGGGGAGAGGCGUGUGACGAGCGGAGCGGCGAUGGCGGGGAUGGUGCAGGGGGCGAUGGAGCGGGGCGCGGAGUACGAGAAGCGGAAGAGAGAGCGGGACGAGGAGGCGGAUGGUCAAGCGGGCAAAGGGAAAGGCGCCCCUCCGCGCGCGUUCAUGCGCGAGCUGCGCGCGGUGGUGGAGGCGAGCGACGUGGUGCUGCUGGUGCUGGACGCGAGGGACCCCAUGGGCGGGCGGUGCAGGCAGGUGGAGGACAUGGUGGCGCGCAGUGGCGCGCACAAGCGCGUCGUGCUGCUGCUCAACAAGAUCGAUCUGGUGCCCAAGGACGUGGUGCAGCGGUGGCUGACGUACUUCCGCCGCGAGCUGCCCGCCGUGGCCUUCAAGGCGUCCACGCAGGCGCAGCGCAGCCACCUCGCCCGCUCGCAGCGCAAACAAGCCGACCCCAACCGCGCUGCUGCCGGUCCGCAGUCGCUACUGCCGGCUGCUGCAGGGGAGGAGGGCGGCGAGGUGGGCGCGGAGGGCAGCGAGUGCUUCGGCGCGGACACGCUGAUCCAGCUGCUCAAGAACUACUGCCGGAAUAAAGACAUCAAGACGGCGAUCCGCGUGGGCGUGGUGGGGCUGCCCAACGUGGGCAAGAGCAGCGUGAUCAACAGCCUCAAGCGUGCGCGCGUGGCCAAGGCGGGCGCCACAGCAGGCGUGACGCGCGCGCUGCAGGAGGUGCAGCUGGACCGCCUCGUGCGCCUCAUCGACUCGCCGGGAGUUGUGCUCGCGGGGGGCGGGGGGGACGGCGGCAAGGCGGACGAGGCGGCCGCUGCACUGAGGAACGCCCUGCGGCCCGAGGCGCUGCUGGACCCCUUUGCACCGGUGGAGCGCAUCAUGCAGCUGUGCUCGCCCGCGCACCUGGCAGCUGUCUACGGCAUCGACAAGCCGCAGGGGGAGGGGGCAGCUGGGGGGCCUGUGGACAGCUUUCUUCGGCAGGUAGCGCAGAAGCGCGGGCGGCUGAAGAAGGGCGGCGUGCCGGACACCCUUGCUGCGGCUCGCAUCGUGCUAAGGGAGUGGAAUGAAGGGCGCAUCCCCUACUACACGCUGCCCCCGUCCCCCGCAUCGGAGGCGGUGGCGGGCGCGGAGGAGCACGAGGAGGGGGCGGCGCUGGUGGGCGUGUGGGGGAGUGAGUUCGGCGUGCAGGAGGUGUUCGAACGGGAGCGACACGCCAUGCACAGCAACGCGGGGACUGCCCUUGCGCCUGCUGCUGGGGCUGCUGCGGCCCAUGCAGUGCUGCCGUGCAGUGCGCCGGCCAUGAUGAUGGCCACGGACGAGGUCGAAGAGGAGGAUGCCGGGGCAGAGGGGGGCAUGCACGUGGACGACGUGGAUGCCGUGGCGGCGGCAGAGCGGGCGGGUGUGAUGAGGGGGAGGGAGUAUCUGCGGCAGAACGAGGUGCUGUACGAGGCGGCGGGCAUCCUCAACCCGCACGCACGGCGCGCCGACAAGAAGAGGCGCAAGAAGCAGCAGCAGCUGGCGGGGGGGGAGGGGGGGAAGGAGGGCUGUGCAUGGAGCACAGGGGCGAAGGGGAAGGGUGGGGACGCGGCGGGUGGGGGAGUGGAGGGUGAGGAGGCGGAGGGCAGCGAGGGCAGUGACUACGAUUUCACAGAGCAGUUUGAAGGCAUGCUGCCGGAGUGAGGCCAUGGGCUUAGAGAUUCGCAACACUGAGAGGUUCAGCUCUUAUUUUGCUGGGGAUUUCCUUGUGCCAUUGACUAAUGCAUGCAAUCUUGAGUGAGUGGAGCUUGGAGUGGGGGGGGUCACCACGUGGCUGCGCUGCACAGCAGCUUUGUCAGGAGGGGGUGACAGCCCCAAGCCCUGGAGGCGGGAAAAUUUCUGCCGCGGACUGUCCACGAAACUUUUCAUACUUUCGUGGACAAGCCCUACUUUCAUGGACACCACAUCAAAGUUUUGCUUCUCCUGUGGACUCCGUCAAUACUUUCGUGGACUCCCGGCUUACUUCCAUGGACACACCCAUAUUCGCAGUUAAAAAGGAGUACUCAGCAAUGUACAAGUGAUUACGGGCACAAAAAUCGAGAUACUCCAGAAUAUCUGUCCG